GGGGGUAGCGCGUGGCUCUCAUCUUGCUCGGAAGAUAAGGGCGAGAAGGCUCCUCUCAUCGAAGCGCUGACGAAGGAAGACAAGGAGUUACAAGCAGUACAUCCCCCGGAGGACUUGCUGAACGAUAUGGACCCUCCCUCGUCUUGCCAAGUUCACGUGCUGGUUGUGAUUCCG